AAGGACAGUGGGCGGAAGUGCAGAAAAAAACAACAGCCUAAAUGCUGUUUCUUUUUCGUGGCAUCAGAUUUUGGAUUUUUCGUGACAUCCUUAAACAGUUCAAGCAACUUCAACAAACAAUGGACAGAUAGUGUUUAUUUUAUGGUUUACGGAUAUCUGCAUCUGUAAAAAGCAACAUCUGGAUUUUCUUUUCGAGUCAAACAGAAACUGAGACACCCCGAUUCGACAUAUCUGCGUCCCCAAACUUCCAGAGGAGCAUAAACUGGUUGUUGCUACAGCAUGGCGAAUAGCACGACUCCAGCUCUUAAGGUUUUGACAGCCGCUGGUCCUGCUGGAAGAAGUAGCCCAGAAGGGUCCCAAGUUCUCUCUAAAAAGAAAUUACAAGACCUGGUCAGAGAGAUUGAUCCAAAUGAGCAGCUGGAUGAAGAUGUGGAGGAGAUGCUGCUGCAAAUUGCUGAUGACUUUAUUGAAAGUGUAGUGACAGCUGCCUGUCAAUUGGCACGCCAUCGCAAAUCCAACACUUUGGAGGUGAAAGAUGUUCAGUUACAUCUAGAGCGCCAAUGGAACAUGUGGAUUCCUGGUUAUGGAUCAGAUGAGAUUCGACCAUUUAAGAAAGCUUGCACCACAGAGGCACAUAAACAGAGGAUGGCACUGAUCCGCAAGACAACCAAAAAGUAGCAAGACUGUACGUUGAGCUGUUGUACUUAUUGUGUAUUUCUUAUGGUUUAUUUUCUUUUUUAUGAAGACAAAUCUGGUUUGGGUAGGAUAUUGUUUUUGUCAUUAGAUUUUUAUUACAUGAAUUUGUUGUUUUGCAACCAUCAUUACACAAGUGUUGUCUACUACACAUUAUAAAUUCAUUUUUAUUGUACCUGACAAAACACAACAAAAUGACUGCAUUUUUUUUUGCCAAUAAACCAACAAAUGCA